GCCUUCUAUCUGUUUCACAAACUAAUUUUUCUUUACAUGAAGUCACGUAGGACGAGAGACAUUCUUUUUGCAAUGAAAAAUACAAUUCAAAAUGCAGAAUUAAAAGAAGAGGUUGAACAAUUUUCUUUACAACUCACCCAGCGGCCUCUGGAAUUUUCAUUGUGUGGAUUCAUGACCUUGGACUACUCUCUCGUGCAAGGGUUUUUGCAACAAGUAACGACAUACCUCAUUUUAUUGAUACAUUACAAAAUUGGAGUUCAGAAAUAAAAGGAUAAGUAAUUGUUAA